AUGUACAUUAGAUGUGAUAAUUUUUUAAAAACGCAGCAUGACAUCGCACGCAAUAUCUUUAAUGUCGUCAUAAAAUGUCUCAAGACAAGAUAGUUGGAGUCGACAUUCUCUUGGAAUUUUUAGAAGUAGCGUUUAAUCACAUAUUAUUUUGCCGCAAAAUCUAUCCCAAGGAAAUUUUUGUUAAGAAAAAGAUAUAUGGAAUUACGAUAUAUGUAUCAGAACAUCCAGAGGUGAAUGAAUAUUUAUCAAAUGUUCUGACGGCAAUCAAGGAAUUGAUAAAGGAAGAUGAAAAGAGCGUUAAAGCCAUCACGCUUACCUUCUACAACAAAAACAAGUUGCCGAUAGAAAAAUAUGUCUUUGAUAUGGUUAAACUGCAGGCACAGCUUACAGAGAGAGAUCCAUAUUAUUUGAAAACAGAAGAAGCACUGAAGACAGUCUGUUUAAAAUUAUCAAUGUGUGAUACAUACUUAAGACCCAUCCCAGACACGUCAAUCUUUUCUAUCGAAAUUCAAACAUAUGAAACUGCACACAUCAUUCUAAGCGAAAAUCCAAAAUGUGAAGAUUUUCCAUGGAUUAUUAAAGAUGAUGCAGUAGAGAUGAUUGAUAAAAAUAUAUUACCACUGAAAGAUAUUAAAACUGAUUGUUUAAAUUUGCAACUGUACGUAAUUGAGGAUACAGCCAACAAAAUCUAAGGUUUAAUAAACACGUUAUACGAUUGAUA